AUGGCUACAGAAGGAAUCGUACAACCCAUGACGAGGGACUUUGCCUCACCAGCGAACCCCACACGAACAUCAUCAGACUCCAGCGCGUCAGACCAUACCCAUGUGGAGCAUGAGAAGUCCCAACGUCUCGUACGCGAGCCAACACACGAUGGCGCAGAAAUAGUCAACCUUCCGAUCCGAACGCUCAGCAACGAGGCCAAUCUGGAAGAGUAUACUCAAGAGACCAUCGAUGGUCAGAUCUCAAGGAUCCACACGAACAAGACGGGCAAGAUCGAGCGAUACGAGCUAGUUACCUGGAAAGUCGACGACCCAGAGAACCCAAAGAACUGGUCGAAAGCAUACAAGUGGUGGUGCACAAUGUGUGUAGCCAUCACCUGUUUCGUCGUCGCAUUCAACUCUGCCGUUAUCACUGCUGACCUCGAGGGUGUCUCCGAGACCUUCAAUGUCAGUGAGGAAGUCUCACUUCUCACCAUCAGCUUGUUCGUCAUCGGCUUCGGUGUCGGUCCCAUGGCUUUUGCUCCCUUUUCCGAAAUCUGGGGUCGUCGACCAAUCUAUGGAGUCACACUAUUCUUCGCCGUGGUCUUCACCAUCCCCGGAGCCGUCGCGCAAAACAUUGGUACCCUCCUAGUCACCCGUUUUAUUGCUGGUGUUGCCUUCUCCGCGCCCAUGUCUCUUGUCGGUGGAACACUGGCCGAUCUCUGGAAGAACGAAGAGCGAGGUGUACCCAUGGCCGCCUUCUCAGCCGCUCCUUUCAUUGGUCCUGGUGUCGGUCCCCUCGUUGGUGGCUUCCUUGGUGAUGCCAAGGGCUGGCGAUGGCUUUACUGGAUCCAGCUCAUUCUCAGCGGUGUCGUUUGGAUCCUCAUUACCUUCACUGUUCCUGAGACAUACACUCCUACACUGCUUGCCAAGCGAGCCAAGAAGAUGCGCAAGGAAACCGGCGAUGAGAAGUAUGUCACUGAGCAGGACAUCGACACUCGUCCUUUCAGCCAGCGUCUCACCUUGUUCCUUGUUCGACCCUUCCAACUGCUCUUCCGCGAACUCAUCGUCUUCUUUAUUUCCCUGUACAUGUCGGUCCUCUACGGCUUGCUGUACAUGUUCUUCGUCGCCUACCCCAUCGUCUACCAACAGGGCAAGGGCUACUCGGCCAGCAGCACUGGUCUGAUGUUCAUCCCCCUGAUCGUCGGUGUCUUGAUGAGCGCAGCUUGUGCACCCUUCGUCAACAAGCACUACAUAAAGCUAGUCAACAAGCACAACGGCCACCCACCCGCCGAAGCUCGUCUCUACCCCAUGAUGGUGUCGUGUUGGCUCAUCCCCAUCGGGCUCUUCAUCUUCGCAUGGACAAGCUACUCUGACCUCCACUGGGCGGGUCCAGCGUUCGGUGGUUUCCCUGUCGGUUUUGGAUUCAUUUUCCUGUACAACUCGGCGAACAACUACCUCGUCGACUCGUACCAGCACCAAGCGGCGUCUGCACUGGCUGCGAAGACUUUCCUCCGGUCUUUCUGGGGUGCCGCUGUCGUCUUGUUCACCAACCAGAUGUACCACCGCCUUGGUGAUCAGUGGGCUAGCUCGCUGCUGGCUUUCAUUGGUCUGGCUUGCUGCGCGAUUCCGUUUGUGUUCUUCUUCUAUGGCGCGAGGAUUCGUGCGCACUCACACUACGCGUACAGCGAGGAUGAAGAGAAUAAGGGCGAGAAGCAGGUGGCUUGA